AUGAGAGCCUGGCAGGUAUAUAAGACAUCCAGCCGAGAUAUCAGACUUUGCUGGGUUUCGGCAUUCCUGAGACUGGCGUCGUAUGGCCUUACCAACCAAAUUUUGACGUUGUUUUUAACUGAAAUUGGCAUUUCGGAAAAGGAAACCGGCUGGUUCAUGUCUUUAACUUUGGUAGGCGAUGUCUGCAUAUCAUAUUUACUUACGUGGCAUGCAGACGCGUGGGGUAGACGCCGAAUUCUUACUUAUGGCGCAGUAAUGAUGGUGCUGAGCGGCAUGGUCUUUAGCUGGACCGAGAACUUCUAUGUGUUGCUGAUAUUUGCGAUUUUUGGUGUCAUUUCACCCUCUAGUGAUGAAGUGGGUCCUUUUAAGUCUAUCGAAGAGUCUAUGAUGGCCCAUCUCACGCCGCAUAAUCGCCGGCCGGAGAUUUACGCGAUCCACUCAUUUGUUAGUAUUUCCGGAAGUGCUUUGGGAUCGAUCUUCUGCGGCUGGUUCGUCCAUAUCCUGAAAAAUAACACCAUGUUAGACACUGACUUGAAGUGUUACAAGGCAGUUUUUGGGCUUUACACGAUCUUGGCCUUAGGUAAAUUAAUUUCUAUCCUGCUUCUGUCAGAAGCCGCUGAAUUGGACGCCCAUCAGCACGAACAAUUGGAUACCCAGCAAAUAAUGGACGAAACAGUUCCUCUUGUUGAUGUCGGAUCAAAAUCGGUCUCCAAAAUGGCACCAGAGACUGUUACUGUGAUGUUGAAGCUUCUAGUGAUCUUCAUGCUCGAUUCAUUUGGUUAUGGGUUUAUGACCAGCGCCUGGACUGUAUUUUACUACUCCGUUGUGUUUGGUCUUGGUCCAGCAGCACUUGGUGUCCUGUUUUUUGUCGCCAAAAUUAUGAUGGCAUUAUCGUCGCUGCCAUCAUCAACUAUAGCAAGAUCGUUUGGUCCCGUUAAGGCCACGUUAUUGGUCCAGGUACCUUCCGCGAUUUUCUUCAUUUUAAUUCCAUUCGCGGAGAGUCAUCUCUCGCUGUCUGUGCUAUUUUUCAACCUAUACAAUUUGACCACAGCCAUGGACGUUAUACCACGUCAAAUUCUGCUUACCAAUAUCGUCAAGCCAAGCGACUUAACGAGGGUUAUGGGAAUUGUCAACAUAGGCAAAACGUUUGCUCGCUGUAUUGGGCCUAUUUUCACCGGACUGCUUGCAGAUCGUGGUCUUCUGUGGUGCUGCUACUUGAUCAGUAGCGUCUUCGUGCUUCUAGCAGACUCAGUUUUAGCCUUUCUGUUUUUGGACAUCGACACGCAUGUUAUGAAGACUACAAACCUCUAG